AACAUAAUGGAUUAGCAUAACCGGAAUUUAAUUAACAUUCAAAAAUCUACAAUCACAUCAGAGAAUUUGUUCUAUUUUUUUUUUUUGUGAAAGCAAAACAUGGAUUUGUUUUCUUCUCGCUGAGUUUUUUAAAAACUUGGAAACAACAUCCAGCUGAACAAUGAGUCAGUUAAGACCCAUCUCAAAAACCGGUCAAAGACCGGCAUCCGCCGCCUUGCCGGUAAUCACCAAAACAAACCAAAGACCGGUCUCCGCCGCGAUGCCGGCAACAGCGCCCCUUGUGGCUGUCACGGCGCCCCCCACCACCACCAACGGCGACGCCAGCGAGAAGAGCUCGAGCAGCCGGUUCGCGGCUAGGAAGAAACAAAAACGCGGGAAAAGAGGUCGCUCCGACGGGUUUGUACUCGGCCUUGACCUCGCGAACGAAGAAGGCUCGGAGGAAGAAGGUGGAGACGAGUUCCCAAAGAAGUCGGGGUUCGAUUCCGAGUCGCUGAACUUUAUCUUCUGGCUGCGGAAUCCGAGCGUCCGGAACUUGUCGCUCCUACGGAAAGCCAUCAAGUGCAAUGACGUGGAUUGGAUGAGAUGUUUUCUGGAGUUUGACGGCCUGGGAUUGCUCUUUCAGUGCCUGAAGAACCUCAGCAGCUACCAGAGUACCCACCUAACGGACAUGGUGCUGCGCAUGGCCUGCGUCUCCUGCAUCCGGGAGGUGGUCAACUCCAGGGGCGGGCUGGACUGUCUGCUGACCAUCGGUGACCGCAACGACAACCUCUUUGGUCGCAGGUUCGCUACGGCCAUGGAAACCAACAACGUGAUGGUCAAGAUGCAGAUCUUUGAGCUGCUCUCCGCCCUCUGCCUGUACUCAACAGAUGGCUUCUACCUCACGCUAGAUGCGUUAGAACGUUAUAAGGUAUGGAGGAAACAGCGGUACCGAUUCAGUCUGCUGAUUACAGACCUGAGGAACUCUGACCUCACCACCUACAAGACGACCGUCAUGGCGCUGGUCAACUCCAUCAUCGUGGCCAGCGAGAACAUCCGGGACAGGAUCCGUAUCCGGAACGAGUUUGUAGCUUUGAACAUCCUUGACGUCAUCAACUGUUUACGUGACGACAAAGAUGGCGACCUUCAGGUCCAGCUGGACGUCUUCGAGGAAGAGCUCACGGCGGACACAGACGCCAUGGUAGAGUCCACCAAGGAGGCCAUUGACAUCAACAGCCACUCGGAUCUGUUUAAAGCCAUCUACAACAAAGUGAAUGACACAACCUUAGGGCUGUCCUUGCUGUCCAUCCUCUACAGCCUGUACCAGAUUGACCCCAACAGCCCACACUGUGAAAGUACAUGGAUUUUAAUCGAGAAACUAGCCCAGCAGGCCGUGGAGGGGGUGGUCAAGGCAGAUAAACUGAUGGAGGAUGCUAAAGGUCAACACAAGCUUGUUGAUGUCGCUGUGCAGACAAUGGAAAGUUUACCAUCCAGUGGAACUCUUCCCUCGAGACUACAGCGGAAGUCAGCAAUCCUCGGGCGGCGGGAAUCUGCAGACAACAGCGAUCCUUCCUCUCUUCCACCUCUGCCACCCCCAGCAGCGCCUUGUCCCCCGCCCCCUCCACCCCCACCCGGUAUGCCUUUCUCAGGCCCUCCCCCGCCCCCACCGCUCUUUUCAGCCCCUCCCCCACCCCCUCCGGGCGCACCGUUUUCAGCCCCUCCCCCACCCCCACCAGGCGGACCAUUCUCGCCCGUGCCCCCACCCCCUCCCGGUGCUCCUCUGCUAGGUGCUCCCCCACCCCCACCGGGGCUCCUUCCCCCUGGGGGGAUACCUGGCCUGUGCCCUCCUCCACCUUCCCCGACCCCUUCUGUUGAAACAAUUAAAACUCCAGACCCCAGCUGUAAAAUGAAACAUUUCACGUGGAACAAGGUCCCUACACUACAAGUCAACAAGAAUUGCAUCUGGGGGGAUGUUAGUAAAAUGGCAGAUGCGAUUCCAGUAGAAUAUACUAAACUGGAAUCUCUUUUUUCUGCCAAAACUGUGAAGGAAGAGCCCAAGGUGGAAGAGAAAGUGUUGAGGGUGCACUCUUCCCCUUCUGAGUCUGAUAUGCAAGGAAACAAACUUCGUCAGAUCAGUUUGCUGGAUCCUAAAAGAAGUAUGAACGUUAACAUUUACCUCAAACAGUUCCGUAAAAACAAUGCGGCCAUAGUUGAUCUUAUUCGGAAAGGUGAAGCUCGUAGCAUCGGUGUAGAGAAGUUGAAAGGCCUUAUAAAAAUACUGCCACAGCUGGAUGAGAUUGAAUUUAUUCAGAAUUUUGAUGGGGACACAGAAAAGUUGGGAAAUGCUGAGAAGUUUUUCCUCCAGCUUAUGUCUGUUCCUUGUUAUAAACUAAGACUUGAACUUAUGCUUCUUAAGUCUGAUUUUCAAAGCCAGCUGUCUGGUGUCAGAUCAAACCUGCUUCUCCUCAAUGGGAUCUCCAGACGUCUCUAUGACAACAAGGCACUAAAGAAGUUUUUAAGACUUGUCUUACAUGCUGGUAAUUUUAUAAACAAGGGUAGUAAUGCAGGAGAUGCUGUUGGUUUUCGAAUAAGCUCUCUCAAUAAAUUGAUCCUGACAAAAUCAAAUGACCCGAAACUUUCACUGUUGCAUUUCCUGGUUGAGGAGGCUGAAAGUAAAGAUAAAGAUUCCCUGGAGUUUGUUGAUGAACUGCUGGAGGACUUACAGAAAGCUUCCAGAUUUUCAAUAGAGAAUGUAAAAUCAGAAUUCAAUCAGAUCAAAGCCACUGUCAAGAAACUCCAGGUGCAGAUGGUUGCAAACCCUGAUGAAGAAAUCAAGGAGCAGUUUGGAGAGUUUUUAGAGGAAGCUGACGGAGACCUGUCUGACAUUGAAGAAACACUUGAUCGCUUGACUAAACAGAGCGUCAAACUGGCCCAGCAUUACUGUGAGAACGAAAACUCUUUUAAUCUCGAAGAAUUCCUUGGUGCAUUCCGUGAAUUUUGUGAAAGAGUAAAAGCUUGUCAGAUGGAAUUGGAAUCAUGGAAACAACAGGCAGAAAAAGCAGAGAUGAGGAAGAAAGCUCAUGAAGAAUUGUUAGAAAAGAGAAAGAGUGCACACAAGGAACCAGUUCCACUUCCACCAGGUGCUAGACUCCUGCCUGGUCUUUCUGGAACUGGUGAUGCUAAAAUUGUGGACAAUCUUGUAAACGAGAUCAGACGAGGCAAUGUACUCAGGCGGCUUUCUGUGAAACGGAAGCCUAAGCAGGUGCCUGAUGUGAUUACAGAGAGUGUUAGGUUGUGAUAUCACUUGUUAUCUUCUUUUGCAUGGUUACAUAUAACUGCAUUUUUCCUGUCUGAGAGUUAGCUUUCAGCAGGUUUGUAUGUCAAGAGACAAAAUUGAAUCAAAGUUUUAAAAAUCUUAUCUUAAAUUUAAAUGAAAUUUAACUCCUCAAAUGGUAACAUUUAAUUCUUUACUUCAUUGAAUAUUUAUUUAAUUCUAUUUUUGUUUUAAAUUUUGUUCAAAACUACUGGGAGAUUUUUACACAUGAAAAUCCUAGUAAGCAAAGGAUUUAAAUAAACUUUGCAACUGUUUAUCAAGAUUCAUAGAAAGAAAAUCAAAUUGUAUUUUAAAAAAAUACAAAAUACACUUAAAAUCAAAUGUAUUGUGUGCAAACAUUUGAAUAAGUAAGAUGUAAGUUAUUUCAAAGAUAUGGUUAUUUAAAUUAUUUUACCUUUAUAAACCAGUCUAAGAACUUUUUUCAAAAGUUUACUUACAACACUUCAUUUAAUUAAGUGAUUUUUGUUAUCAUGGUUUUAUAUUGUGUUCAGGGAACAGCUUGCUUUUAACAUUUUACUAAUUUGUAGUUAUAUUCCAUGAUGAAACAAUAGUUUUAGUACAAUUUUAUUAUAUUUUUCUGCAGUUUUAAUAAUAACAUGCCUUUUCUUAGUUAUGUUUCUAUUUUCGUACAGUGAAUAGCAUAUAAUAUGGUUGUAAAAUUUUGUAAUAAAGUUAGUUUAUAUUGCAUGAAUGCAUUUGUAUAUAUAUUUUUAGAGUUGAAUGUUGAAAUAAAUAUGAUGAUAUUGAAUUUCUUCAGAUAUCUCAGCCUGACACAUCUUUGUUUUGUCAAUGUAAUUAAAACAUCAAUGUAAUGAAAACAUCAAUGUAAUUAAAACAUCAGUCUUUGGAACACCAUCUUAUGGUAUUUGUGAAA